CUUGCUACCAGAUUCGAUCACUGGGUUCGGUUCUCCUUUGUAUGGCCUCGCCAAGUUGUUAUUAUGCAGGAUGCUGAUGAUGAUGCCCUGUCAGCACCUAUCGGAAAUCCUACCUCAGGCUAGGCGGGCGCCUACCAUAUACCUAGAUAGGUAAUAAUAUAUCAUCUUUCUCUCUUUUUGACCAUUAUGGCCUAGUAAACAUCCUGCUGAAUCCCCCAAACGUCAUUCCAGCUAAAAGACAAAAGUGAAACAAAAUCACCUGCAGGACCUUAUUUAUCGCGGGAGAGUCAUCGCGCGAGGGUUCAAUCUGUUCCUCAUCCAUCCCCCCCCCCUCCCCCCAUCCGCUGCGAUCCUCUUGAGGGUUUAAUUCAAUGGGUGUCUCGGGACGCCAAACAGUGGCAGCAGGCCUCGCCCUAGGCCUCGCCCUCUAUGGUGUCGGCAAACAUCGAGACCAUUCGCCUCCAUAUAGCUCACAAUCCAUCUCUCCUAGUUGUGAGGGGAAUGCCUCGCCUGUUUUCGGCCUACUUGACCAGUAGCUCCACGUGCUGGUGAAGUUUAACAGUCCGGGUUGAGGGUCUUGUGGAUUCAAUAGAGGAAUUCUGGGAUUCUGUCAUUCUUGCGGUAUGAGAGUUAAAAAAAAAAAUACUUCUUCAGGGUGUUAUUCUCGUUGCUGCACUGUUAUCAAAUGAGAUGCGUCUUGAUUAUGCAGUACUUGAGUGUAAACACACUCUCUCCUCUCGGAGCAAAGAAGGCAUUGCAGAAUCCUCAAUGCAAAACCAAAUAGAGCAAGAUAUGGUUUAAGCCUUGAGUGAUAUUAUUCGAGGGGCGAAAAGACUGAAGGAGAGACUCAAGGGCUGAAAAGUGGAAACUUUGCCACGGAUCUCCUUUUCUGCCUUGGGAGCAAGCAAGCAACAAACAAAAACUUAACAAUCCCAGGUAGUUAUUGGUUAUCAGUAGAUUUGCAGAGGAACUCUAGUACGAGAGGCACCCAGUCUUGUCCCUGUGUAAUCUUCACGCAUUCUCUUUUUCACCUGGGCCUCAAAUUCAGUAAGUUGUAGAAAUUGCAAAUGCUCCUCCAGCUUCGCGUGGAAUCCCUCGCGUCCGGCUGCUGGGAGAAAGUUUCGCCGCUCCCUCGCCGGCUUUCACACACCACAACCCACCAACGGCACAAGCACGGAGGCAGAUCUUGAAUCGCCCCAGCUGAGUAGAGCGUGGGGUUGUAGAUUAGAAACGAAGAAACGAACCAACUGGACUGUCCUACUCUUCAGAUAGUAACUAGCUGUUAAUCCGUUGACAGGCAGAACGCAGCCCUUCGGAAAAUGGAUCCAGGUUCGAAUAACCAGGCGGAAAUCGCCAGCGGGGGAGUUGUUGGCAAACCGAACGGCCAUGCCCGCGUUGAAGAAUUUGAAGAAUCGCCGGCGAAAAGGAUAAAGUUAGAUGGGCAACCGGUUUCUGAUCCACAGACGGCUGCGAAGAGCGGAGUUGAAAGGAAGAAAGGUGUUGCGCCGAUUAAAAAAGAGUACCUCAUCGAGGUUUCUCCAGGUGCGGCCCAAGCUUCCCCGAGGGCUAUCCCGGAUGAUGAUGCUGCGGAAGCCGCCAAGCAUCACGAGCAAGAGGGCAACAGUGGCAGGCAAAAAGGAGGUAAACGUGAGAAGAAAGGUGGACAGAAUACCAAACGUACAUUCGGGCGCUCUCAGGACGCGAAGCAACUUUGCCAAACCGUUGCCUAUCAUUCUGAAUUCUCUCCGAAGCCAUGUCCCUGGGGCAAGUCCUGCAAAUUCGAACACGACAUCCGCAAAUACCUGAAAGACUACAAGAGAGCCGACUUGGAUACUUUUGGCGGUGUUUGCCCCGUAUGGGGAGCCAAAGGAAGAUGUCCUGCUGGUUGGAAGUGCCGAUUUGUGGGGUCACAUAUGGCUGAGCGGGAGACGGAGGAUGGGAGGAAAGAGUUAGUGUUGGUUGAAGAUGCGUCUCGCAUGAAAAACCCGACGUCAGAGAACGGAAUUGGAAUCGAUGGAGCGGUUAACGUUGUUUCGACAGAGGAUAAGCUUGCCUUGGCGAAGAAGAGAUACAAAACUCCCAAAGCUGAUUCCUACACAACUUGGAUCGACACGGUCUCCAGAGAAGUCGAGAAAAAACUCCAUGGGCGAAACCAGGACGACACUGCCUCUGUCCCCGACAAGACUGAUGGUCAGGGAGCUUUUGAUAUCAAGGAUGAAAAGGAAGAUAACAGAGCGCAAUAUACAGAACCUCCCUUCCUACCAUCUGAAAAAAGACGAGUCUACUUUGGCCCGGAGACCCCUGUCCUGGCUCCGCUCACAACGCAAGGCAAUUUACCCUUCAGACGUCUCUGUGUUGAUCUUGGCGCACAGCUCACCUAUUCGGAAAUGGCCAUGAGCAUGAGCCUGGUGCAAGGCUCGAAGUCUGAGUGGGCGCUUAUGAAGGCGCAUGAGUCAGAGAUAUUGCCUCCAACAGUCAACCCACAGCAGACCAUCGUGAAAGACUAUGACAAUUCUCGUGAUCUGAAAUUCGGCGUUCAGAUUACGGGGAACAAACCGUGGGUUGCGCUAAGAGCCACUGAAGCCUUAACCGCGCUAUGCCCGCACCUACGUGUCAUCGAUAUGAACUGUGGAUGCCCGAUUGACAUGGUUUUCAGAGAAGGUUCAGGCUCUGCGCUACUCGACCAUGCCUCGAAACUGGAAAAGAUGCUGCGCGGAAUGAACGCUGUGUCUGGAGAGAUCCCCAUCACUGCGAAGAUCCGAAUGGGGACCAAAGAUUCAAACCCUACGGCUACAAAACUAGUCGAGAGGUUAAUUUGUGGCGGUGUCGAGUCUCAUGAAAUUGGCCAGGGCCCUGCUGGCGUUGCCGCGAUCACAUUGCAUGGCCGUAGUCGUCAGCAGCGAUACUCGCGCCAGGCGGACUGGGAGUAUAUCUCCCAGUGUGCCGCGUUGGUUAAACGACUCAACGAACAAACCGAUAUCGCAAUCGAUACCAUUAAGGAGCCAGAUGCACGAUACCAGCCCGCUGCGGGUAAAGUGUUCUUCCUCGGGAACGGCGACUGUUACUCCCACGAAGACUACUUCAACGGGAUUCAAAAGUCGGGCGUCGACACUGUCAUGGUGGCCCGUGGCGCGCUGAUGAAGCCGUGGAUUUUCGAGGAAGUCGAAAAGGGCCAAUAUCUUGACAAGUCUGCGACUGAGAGGCUCGCGCUCGUGGAGAAGUUUGCAAAGUAUGGCCUUGAGGCGUGGGGGUCUGAUGAAUACGGCAUUGGAAACACGCGCCGCUUCUUGCUUGAAUAUCUAAGUUUCACGCAUCGAUAUAUACCCGUGGGCCUACUGGAGUACCUUCCCCCGAGCAUCCAGGACCGCCCGCCCGCCUGGAAAGGUCGCAAUGAGUUGGAAACUCUUCUUGGAAGUGAUAAUUAUAAGGAUUGGAUUAAGAUUUCAGAAAUGUUCUUGGGUCCAGCUCAUAAAGAUUUCAAAUUCGAGCCAAAGCAUAAGUCGAAUAGCUACGAGAUUGUUGCGGAGGGUUGAUUAGCAGUAAGAGAAAGCUACUCGCCUUGGAGUUAUUGUAAUAGAGCCAGCAUCAUACGGGCAUUGGAAAGCCCAUAACAAUAUAUACAAUUGCAUAUUUUCGAGACGGAAUACUUCGUAAAUAAAAAGUUCUGGCUACGUUUCCCUUCAUUAAAAUACAAUAAAAAUAGAAUCCAACCAAUUAUGGCAUAUCCAUUCACUUUUUAUAAUCUGGCAGCCUGUUUGCCAGAAUCGAUACAGCACCAAAA